AUGUGGGAGCAUGUUGGGAUGUGGAGAAAGCUCUCGGCCCAAGUUUUCGGAGACACCGCUUUGCUUCCCCUGCUGUGCCAUUUUGCCAUGGACACGAGCAGCGAGGAGGAGCUGCAGAGAAGGGCUCCCGAGAGCCCCGCCGGCUGGGGACCCGGCAGGGUCAAGGUCGGCGUCGUGGCCCUGAGCCUCCUGAUCCUGGCGCUGCUCGCGCUGCGCGCCACUAGCCCAGGCGGAGGAAGUGUGACGAAGGCCGAGACGGCCGGCGGGAUCCGGGCCUUCCUCGAUGGCAACAAGGGCACCAUGAGCGUCGGCAACGCGGUGCAGGGAAACCAGUACGUGACGAAGACGGUCUCCACCGUCACGAACCACGACGGCACAGUCCUCGGCGUCGGCUCCAGCGGCCAGAUCAAACCCUGUGAAGGCUCCAGCAACGACGGCCACGGCGCCGGCGUGGCGUCCGUGGUGUGCUGCAUGGGCGCCGACGGCCAGAAGGUGGGCUGUGAUCAUGCGAGCUCCGGCCAGCAUCCCGCAUCCCAAGUAUCCCAAGACUCCAGUGAUUCCGCGACUGUGCGCAAGGCCAGCUGA